AUGAGUGUCAAAGGUAAUCGCCAAUGCCAUCCAGCUUCGAAGUAUAGUGAAGAGGUGACAAAGUUUAUUGAUGAAUAUGACGGCGAGGCAAAGGAGAUGAUGCUGAAAAUGCGUGCAAUUAUCCAUUCAUGCAAUGAUGAGAUCUCUGAAAAGAUAUCCUGGCAGAUGCCAACAUUCGUAUAUCAUGGCAAUCUAGUUCACUUCUGCCCUGCUAAGAAACAUAUGGGAUUUUAUCCCACCCCAAGCGCAAUCACAGAAUUUGCUGACAGAUUAUCUAAUUAUCACACAUCUAAAGGUGCUGUCCAAUUCCCUUAUAACUCUAUUCUUCCAGAAGAUCUCAUCAAAGAUAUGGUUAAUUUCGGUCUGAAAGAAAACGCCGAGCUGGCUCAAGAAAACAAGAAGAAACGCUGCUGUUCAAAGUCUAAAGAAUAA